AUGAAGCCAAGCGAUAGGCUUGUCAAAUCGUUCUGUACAAGGAAGAAUUUCGAAAAGGUCGUCCAUAUCCCUCUCCAGAUAAUCGUGGCCGAAAGCCCGCCCAUGGACGUCGAGCCGCAGGUCGAGACUCGUGAGGUUGGCAAUCGCAAUUCUGAAUACACCCAACAGUAUCUAAUUGUCGAAAAGAUCGAGAGCGCUCAGCGACGAGAGCAGAAGGGCCAUAGAUUGUAUCUGCGAAGCGCUGUGCUUGCGCUCUCUCCGCGAAAUACGAAGCAGUCUCCGGAUGUCUGGACGCUCCACCUGCACACCGAAAAAGACGAGCUUCUCAACUUGGAAUUGUCGAAUGAUCCAAGCAUCUCGCGCGGGAUCGGUCCAAGUGACACGCGAACGGAGCUCAGAUGGGACGAUUACAAGAGCCAAGCCGACAAGGGUGCUCUUGUGGUGGUCGAAGAAUGCAUGCAAGUGGACAUUGUGAACCUCGAAGCCGCGCAGUUCAAUCGAUUCAAGAGCUGGCCAUGUAUUGCUCCGGACCUUCUUAUUGGGGUGGCCCGUGUGGUCCUGCUCUUGUCUAGACUAUUUGUCACCCGCCGCGCAGACGGAAAAGGAGUUGGCGAAUGCCAUUUCCAGCUUGACCUUGUCGCCUUUUUUCGAGGCCUGUAG